UUGUGUGGUGUGUGUGUCAUUUCUCAACAAUCUCAUGGAGUUCAGGGAUCCCACUUUCUGGUGGGACAACAGGUUCAAGAAGAAAAACAAGUUCUUCUCAGAGUCCUACCCGGAUUUCAAACAUGUUUCUACCGGAGAGAGCCUGUGGAUCGCCAACAGGAAAGCACCAACCUGGGUCUCUGCAAAACUCGGGUCGCUCGCUGGCCCAGCUGUAGGUAAGGCCACCACGGCCCGCUACAAAUCUCCACAUACCCCACCUGUAGCUGGUGAUGAACCGGUGAGUUUAGGGAGGCUGAUACACCGCGUGAGAGACUCAGCUGAGAGCAGAUCCCUUUCUUUGGGAAAACAAGCCCAUGAAGCUGUGCUCAAGAGUGAUGAGCACAAAAGCAACAUCUACUUGUUAACGGGAUUGAUCGAUAUGUACUGCAAGUGUGGCGAGCUUGAGGAGGCUCGCAAGAUUUUCGACUCCAUGGGAACCCGGAGUGUUGUGUCCUACAACGCGAUC